UAUACGCACAGCCACCGCAACCAACAUGCCCCACAAGUUGCCACAAUCAUCAUCAUCAGGUCGCUACAGCAGAAAACUCGUGUCACAAGCGCAUGGGCGGACAACUCCAAUAGAGAAAGGUGUGUGCGCGUUUAUAUAUAUGUCUCGGACACAUGAGCCGACAUUAACAAUUCGGUUAGAAUACACCGACGGGCGGGGUUCGGUUUCCCAAGCCGCUUUGUAUCGCCGACAACAAACCCGUGUUCACCUGCGCGUCCAAAUCGGCGAGGAUUUCAGGAGGCUUUUGGCGCUGCGUUUUCGCCGGCAGCAAAUCGCUAUCCGAGUCAUUUGCCUCCGGCCGAUGAGCCCGGUCGUAAUGCACAUCGGAUGAGUUGGUGAAGUCGGUUAAGCUACAGUACUUGCUUGGCUGUCUCGCAAGCCCCGUCGCGGUACAUGAACCCGUGUGCAAGGGUGUGGAAGAAGAAGUUGGCCGCUGCGAUGUACAGCGCAACGAAGAAGCGACUCGCCGGCAUGAUUAUCGUGGCGUUUGGAGCCAAUUGCUUCUUCGUGUUGGUGCUCUACACGAAGGCGCACGAGCAGGUGAUGACGUUCAUUUGGGCUCAGACUCAUCAGCAGCAGCAGCAGCUGGAACAUGCUUCUCAAGGUCUCACGGAGCAACACGCCAUUCCCGGAUUUCGACAGUUCCCGACCCCUCUCCAAGCGCCAAGACAGGUUCCCUGCCCGGACAGACCCGCACACCUGUUGGGGGCGAUGAAUGUUUCAUUUGUGAAGACGCCGCAGAGUCUGGAAGCGAUAGAGAAAUCAAAUCCGGAUGUGGAGCUGGGCGGCCAGUUCCGCCCUUCGAACUGCAUCCCUAGCCAGAAGGUGGCCAUCAUCGUCCCCUUCCGGCACCGGGAUGACCACCUCAAGCACUGGCUCUACUACCUGCACCCAAUACUCCAGCGGCAGCGCGUAGAGUAUGGUGUCUACAUCAUCAACCAGUUUGGAGAGGGGCUGUUCAACCGAGCCAAGCUCAUGAACAUCGGCUACGUGGAGGCCCUCAAGGACGCCCCCUACGACUGUUUCAUCUUCAGCGACGUCGACCUGGUGCCCAUGGACGACCGCAACCUCUACCGCUGCUACGACAACCCCCGGCACUUCUCCGUCGCUGUCGAUAAGUUCAACUUCAGUCUCCCGUACAAAGAGUGCUUUGGCGGAGUGUCUGGCCUCACUAAAAAACAAUUUGAGAAGAUAAAUGGCUUUCCCAACAAUUACUGGGGCUGGGGAGGAGAGGAUGACGACAUCUAUAAUAGGAUCAUAAAAGUGGGAAUGAACAUCUCGCGUCCUGACAUGACGAUUGGGAGGUACAGAAUGAUUCGACACGAUCGAGACGCUCACAAUGAAAACAACCCAUUCCGGAGCUGGCAAAUCACUAAGACGGCCUUUACCAUGUGGAGGGACGGCAUCAACACCUUGGAGUACAAGCUCGUUAAGGCGGAGCGAUGGCACCUGUACACCAAGGUGAUCGUGGAGGUGGGCAAGCGGUCGCCGGGCAAUCAAGUGUGGGGGCACCGCAACAAGCGACAACGCCACUGAGCGUCCAAGCCAUUCUGUGUCGGAGGGCACAGCUUCCUCCUGGGGGCAAACAGAGGGUGGCAGUGUGGGUGGUCCUUUACUCGACGACCGACUGUUCUGUAAUUCACGGUGAUGCGUGUUUUAAACUGGUGCUUUUUUAAAAAUGAACGAUACGCUGCACUGUGCCAACACUUGAAUUCAUGACCACUGACAAGCAUAGCGACAGUGAGGGACAGAGAUUCAUGAAUUAGUGAGCACACAUCCAGGGCUCAGAGCACCGUCGCCUGUUCUAUCUCCCAGUGCAGCAGUUGAAACAAUGGGCACAUUUUUUUAAAAUCUCCCCCCCCCCCAGCCCGCUGCCCUUUCCCCACCGGGCGUGUGUGGUGGGGUAAAGUGCGGGUACUUCUACCUCUUUCAAGACACGUCGUCAGAAAUGGCGAGGUCGAACCGUUUCUGGAUGGCACCUUUAAAUCUAGCUUUAUCCAGGGGUGAUUAAAAUGCUUGCAAUUAGACAAACUGUUCAAAAUAUCCUGCCUAUAUUAUGCUAUGGACUGCAAUAAACUUACUAAGUGUAGUUGGAAAUUAUUAGAAAAUCAUCCGAACGUAAAAUUCAUUCACAUGAAUCCUGUACCUUUGCGAACGUGCAACUCUUAUAACCUAGGUUAUCAUGAGUGUGAAUUUUUUUAUGCAUUGUAAGCACUAUGAAAUUGUUCAGUCUUGCAUUUUAUACUACUCGUUAAAUGUUUGCAAACAAUUUCUAACGUGCAGUGGUAGCGAGUUCCAGGUUUAUGGAACCACUGACAGCGACGCUGCGUGGUCUAAAUCUCACCGUCCAAGUGCAUGGAACAAUCAAGUCACCGUGGUACUGGCAAAUGAAGAUGACGACUUACGAUUGAGUGUAUUGUCAUGAACACGUCCGUCUGGUAAUGCAGAGAAGAUUGAUGCAAAUUCUUGUGGACCUUUGCACUUUUAAAUCUAGAUUGAAAACUAAAUACUUUAGAACUGCUUUUUGCGUUUAGCUUGGAUUCUUCUCCCUGCACCUACGAAUAGGACGGUUGGCUACGUACGGUGCUAAAGAAGUUCAUCAUACAUAUAUACAUACAAAGAACGAGCAGGGCUUGUAGUCGACCCUUGCUUUAAUUGGCAGCCAGUGCACUUUGUCACAAUGUUCGUCGAAUUGAGGACAGACCAGAGUGGAUGCAGAUGGACGGCACCGUGCUUAGCUGAAGACACUGUAACAGGAGUACACAAGGUUGCUGAUGGACGCGUGGACUGGUAUCUUGGCUGCAUCGAAAGUCAAUGAAUGACGUGCCGUGAGCAGCCGCCGAAGAUGGUAACAGCACCUGCCAGCCAAAUGUUGCAUGCGUGCAGCGAAUGUCGGUUCAGGAACAAGAUUGACUCCCAGGCGCUUGACGGCAACAGACAGUUGGGAUGGCUGUGCCUCUUGGGGUGAUAACCCGAAACAGAUCUUUGACAGGUUGCUACCUGAUACUUAGCCGGAUGAAUUGGCUUUUCUCAGCAUUUAACUUUAGCCGAUGUAAUCACAUCCACUGGUUCGAUGUUGUCAAUGUAACGACGCGACACAUGAAGCGGCUUUAUCAUGAAAUGUAAAGCUACCUGAUGUCAGCAUUUCGAGUGGAAUACCAAGACCGUCUCACUGAGUGACUAGAGAUGUCAACCUUGCAAAGUAUAAACAGUGCUGGACCUGCAACACUUCGUUGCAGUGUUCCACAAUGGAGGACUGAAAUUGGUUGACUGCUGACCAGCAAAGCCUGCAGUCCGUGUCUGCUGCCAGAGGAAAAUAAUCGAUUCACGAUGGCGUGAAGACAAGUUGAAGAACAAUUUUGAGGUCGACCACGUGAAAAGCAGCGGACAUAUCUAAACUAUUGAACUAAACAAAUUUUUUUUACCGGGUAUAGCUGUUUUUCAGAAGCGACCUGGCUAUCACAAAUGAUAGCUCAACUUAGUGGGUUAUCGCGUGGAAAUUUGUAGCAGCCAAAUACUCCAAACGCACCCUGAUUUUAAAUGGGGAGGGAAAAGCCGGAGGACCCGGAGAAAAAUCCAUGCGACCACGGGGAGAACAUGCAAUCUCCAAAUAUACAGGCAUCAGGGUGGGGAUCAAAUCCACGGCCUCCUGUAUACCAGGCAAGGAAGUUUACAUCUCGCAACCGCAGCGCCCACAAGUCGACCAAGUCAAUUGGCUAACAGAGCAUCUGAGACUCGAGUAGUCUCUUGAGUGAUGCUCCUUGUAGGCAGAUUUUGAAGCUGUAAACAGGUAGUGUUGUUCAAGGAAUGCGACGAGCUGAUGGGAUACCAACUUCUCAACAACCCCAGACGUGAACGUGAGGUUGGAGAUCGGUCUGCAGUUUCUGUAUGUCGGCUGGACCAGCAUUUGCCUUUUACUCUUUGGUUCUUUUGGUAAAGUCACGUAUAAAAUAAAAUCAAAUAACAAUAUUUUCUACGUGACUUUACCGAAAGAACCAAAGAGUAUUCCUGCAGUCACAAAAGCUUCGAAUCUCAAUUGCCUUUUGUGACGUGGUGUAACGACGGCGUGGCGUUGAUUCGGUGGCAGGGAGCCAUGCUUGGGUUACGCGGCGCACAUGUCCACUUAAAGGCGAGAAUCUUGGGGAGAAACUCUUGGGCUAUUUGUUGGGAAUAGAAGUAUAAUGACAAAUCCCUGAAAGUAAAAUGUUUUAGUUACUUUUUAAAAUGCUGUAGUAGUAGUAAAAUAAAUAAAAAUACUACCGCCCUCGUACACUUUUUAAUUAAUACACCCUGGCUUUUAGUGGGGAUGAUUGUUGGCCUGGAGGUCAUGAACGCAGCAACCCAAGUUGGAUCUCACGUCAUGCCUGACAUCAAUGACAAGUGAUAUCUGAAGAGGUCCGGAGGUGUCCUCACCCUGCCCUUCCUCUUUCACCCACCCAUCAUGACCGGUGUGGUAAAGUAUGGCCAAACAAAAGUGCCACAAAUGAUUAUUUUAAGUACAGGUGUGUCUCACUUAACGAGCAUUCGAAGAUAAUUACCCGGUAGGGUAAAGGUAGCGCGAAUAAUUGCCCGGUAAAUACAGUACAUUGUUUACAGCUAAAAGCUCCUGUGGUACAGUCCGUGGCCUCCAUUAUAAAUUGCGAUAAUUGAUGUCGGACCUAGAUGGAGACGGACCACGUUCUUGGGGUAGACGAGAUCGAGGAUGCCAGCAAAGGCAUUUUUGGGGUUGCUGCGAACAGCAAUCGAAAGAGGCAGCGGCAUGCGUUCCCGUGGGAGCACACGCACGAUUGGAUGGAGGGUGACCCCCAUGUACAGCAAGGGAAGCGGCAGUGCAUGCACUGCCGCAAGUGGUUUUCCACCAACACGAACGCGUCGGGGUGGAAAGCCCACCUCAAGAAGCACAACGCGCUCGCCCCAGGCAGCGAAGUCGGGAUGUCGGCUGCCUGAAGGUUCCGUCUAACUGGGCCGGAGCGGCGCAGGAUCUUAUUGCCUGUCGUUCGUCCGAGGACGAUGUCAAUGACGAACUUGAUCAGGUUGUUGAUGAGAUCGCCAUCAACCAAGACGACUGGGACGAGGAGGUUAUAGAGGACGGUGUCGUCGAUAGCCUCAACGCCCGAUUCGAGAGUAUUCUAUAUGUAUAAAGUGCUCUACCUAGCAUUUAUCGUUAUAAACCUUUUUCAUGUGUUGUACCCCAGUAAUUUCCCUGUAAUCGGGUAAUUUGUAUGGGAUAAGGGUAAAAGGUAGGGUAAAGGUAGGCUCGUUGCUUUUUAAAUCCUUUAUAUGCGUGGCGGCUAGAGUCCUCUCGUCCUCUGGCUUGAGAUGGCUGCCACCUAUGGGUCAGAUGAUUGCCUGCCACCAUUAAGCAAUUGGUAAUUAAAUAUAAAAAAAAAUCCUAAAAAGUGUAAAAUUUUGGAAAUAUUUUUUUUCACGAAAAUAAAUUGUCACGCCAAACGAGUCUGUGUGCAAAAUGUCAGCUCGAUUGGAUCACGGGAAGUGGGUUUAAAAACGACUGAAAGAUUUGCACGGUCGUAAGCGCGCAAACAAGCAAGCAAGUUAACUUAAUAUAAAGGAUUAAAAAAUUAACCCGUAAAAACUAAGUUUUUCACUAUAAAUCUUUUAUAUGCUUGGCGGCUCGAGUCCUCUCGUCCUCUGGCUUGAGAUGGCUGCCACCUAUGGGUCAGAUGAUUGCCUGCCACCAUUAAGCAAUUGGUAAUUAAAUAUAAAAAAAAAAUCCUAAAAAGUGUAAAAUUUUGGAAAUAUUUUUUUCACGAAAAUAAAUUGUCACGCACAACGAGUCUGUGUGCAAAAUGGCAGCUCGAUUGGAUCACGGGAAGUGGGUUAAUAAACGACCGGACGAUUUGCACGGUCGUAAGCGCGCAAGCAAGUGAACUUAAUAUAAAGGAUUUAAAAAAAGGAAUAAAUAAGAUAAAAUAAUAUUAAAACCAUAUGCUGCUCUAUUGAUUAACGAUGUACACACAAUCUGCUGUGCCACAUCACAGCAAAACCUAUACGUGUGUUCUUACAAUACAUUCUGUGUAACCUUAGAUACGUAAAAAUAAACAUUACACGGUUGACAGUUAACGUUUUUGCCCAUACAUUUCUGGGCACAACUUUUUCCGUAACUUCUGGCCAAUGUGGUAUUUAUCAAAGCCCAUUUUUCAUUAUUUUUUAUCACCAUAUGUAGGGCUUAAUCCUUUAUUUUUUUACUUGUUGAAUGCCAAACUAAAAACAAACGUUGUGUUAUAAACUGUGCUUUUGGGUUGUACAACGUGUAGUUCGGCAUUAUGUCGGACGUUUCGCUGCACUGAAUUUAAUGCAAUACGUGUAGAAGCUUCUGGAACGUGGAGUGAAACGUCGGACCACAUACCAAAGAACACGCGGUAACAACCCAGAAUACUUUAGAGAGCUACCCUGCCCAGCUGCGACCUGCGCCGGAGUUCAUAUCUAAAAUUGCCCUUCUGUUCAACCAAUGGCGUUCAUUUCUAGAAAGUAAAUUAUAAUAAUUUAACUGUCACUGUGUAGUAGGUUCAAAGAGACUUGGACGACGUAGUCGGAGGCACACUUAUUUAUUGAACAUUCCACUAUAUACAGGCCAAGAUAUACAACACUCGAAGGGGUAUCGGCCCCUUCACCCGUCUAACAGGGAACCCCACAAUCUCUAUCUCGGCUAGCCUACUCCCAGGUCCUCCACUACAGAGCUAGGGGAGGCUAGCUGACCCAGCUCUGACCAAGCUGGGAUUACGGCACCCUGAGUCCCAAGACCGGCUGUUACAAGAGCAUCGGUUCUGGGCUCUCGGGGCCACGCCACUGGCUUGCCCUGGUCGGUCCUUAGAAGGAUGGCGAUCCAGGGGAGUCCAAGGGCCUAUCUAGCCGGUCUUCCUUCUUCGCUGGUUUAAGCUAAACACUGAACCCCGAGCCCACCGGCUCACCGCCUUAUAUAGCAACUCCCCUGAGGGGUGGGGCCGUGGGGGAUCACAGCGCCGUUUUAGCCCCCCAGGCUAAACGGUGUGGACGUGGAUGUAAGCAUCCUUCCGCGUGCGGGCAUAACCACCCCUGGUGUGUUUGUUCGCCCUCCCGUAACACCUCUACAACUGCAAGAGCAAAAAAAGAAAAGAAGUAAUUAUCUGAGCUCUGCAUCAGAGCUGCGUUUAGAGUUUAUGUUGCAGGCAUUCUAUUACAGUUAAGUUUGUCGGCAAUUUGAAAACAAAAAGUUAAGUAUUUAUGCAAAGCAUACUUUACCGUGACACAAUCAUUACAAAAUGUGCCGUUUAAUAAGGGCUGCGAUCGCGUAAAGUACGAAGAGUUGUCUUAAACUCACGCUUUCACGGGUAAAAACGAUUGCGUGUGUGUAAAAGCACAGAAAAUAAACUUUUUGCGGAUUCCCGAAGGUAUGCCAAGUGGCUCGUACGUUUUUGGGGAUCCUUGUCUGAUGCCAAGCAACGCUUCAAGGGGCACGUGAAACGAUGAUGAAGAUGAUGGCAAUAAUAUAAUAUUGUCUAAUACUGUUAAUUCAAUCUCUAAAAUCGUAAUAUUACAGCACUGAGGAAUGUGGAGUGUGCCCGGGAAUUCAUCUUAAAGACUACCAUGGCAUUUCUUUUUCAAGAGUUUAGUUUCACGUAAUUACAUUUUGCCCAUUAGUGGUAACACAGGAGCACGUCGUCAUCAUUGUCAUCAUAGUCUUAAUGUUCUAUACAAAAUAAUAUUGCGCUUGUGGAACGAAUUGUCUCAAACUCCCUGAACAUUCUAAAAGUCAUCAUUGAGAAACUCAAAAGUCAUUUCGUGUCGGGCCUUGAACCAAUAACUAAUUUCGAAAACUGAAUCUUGCUGGCUACUUGUUUGACUACAAGAUGGUCAGGUGAUACAGUAUAAUAAUACAGGUAGGAACAACAGUUCCACACUGCCCACCAGGGAUUAUUUGUCUGUCUGUCGUGCAUAGCCACGCCCUCGAUUUGUAUUUCAUAGAACGCUUCGGGCGGGCUCAGCACUACGUGACGCGCCGCCCCACACAGCUUGCGCCGCGUGACACGGAUCGCACGAAUGCGCUGUCCAACCAAGUUCCUACCUGCCCACUCCGAAGGAGCGUUUUGCUAAUAGAUUAUUAAAUCCAUCUGUGCAGAGCUUUUGAGUGUUACCCCCUCAUGUGUGGGAGUUUUCUCCUGGUACUCUGAUUUCCUCGCACAUGCCUCUCAAUAAUGGAAUUCCCAAACUUCCCAAAAAGGGAUUUUAAUAAACUAUCAGAAUUUAUUUGCAAUAGGCAGAUUGGGUCAAUCCCACAGAUAAAUUAAAUUGUGGCAUUGCUGCUGUCCCUGAAAUGUAGUGUACCAUGCGAAGAAAGGGUGCGCGUUUAUGCAUUUGCCUCACGGUUAGCAACCCUGCCUCUGGAACAGAUGCACAUUUAUAAAGUGUGGUUGACACAAAAAUAUCGCAACCUCAUGGGACACAGAU